AUGCGAAGCGACAUAGCUGCUAAUAUCAGACAAGGCAAUUUAUCUCAUCGAGCACGUGGAGCUUUACUGAUGGAUCAAAAUUAUAAUGGAGAAAAUGAUGAGAAUGAUAAAGAAAAUAAUUCUGAUAAUGACGAUGACGAUGAAGAAAAUAAAUCUGAUAAUGACGAUGACGAUGAAGAAAAUGAAUCUGAUAAUGAUGAUGACGAUGAAGAAAAUGAGUCGACUAAUCAUGUGAACGAUGCCCAAUCACGUAUACGAACAAGCGAAGCAGUUAAUGAUUCAAGUAACAACGAAGAAGAAUAA